ACGGGGGGACCCUGGCUGCCGGGAUCCCCCCCCUCCAGCCCCGGAGCGGGGGCUCCGCCGCCUGUCCCCCCGGCCCCCGCUCCGCGCGAGGCGGCGGGUGGCGCCCCGGCCCCGCCGCCCCCCAGCCCCGCUCGGCGGUGGGGGAGGCAGCCAGGGAAGCCAUUGCCUGUUUAAUAGUUGCUGUUGCAGCACUUCCGCUUCUCUCCCAGCGAGAGAGACACGAGUGGCCAGGCCCAGCCGCACCGAGGAGGAGCAGCCAGACACAAAGGGAGAGGUUGGGGUGUGUGGUGGGGGGGUCGCUAUGUCGGAUGACGAUUCGAGGGCCAGCACCAGCUCCUCCUCAUCUUCAUCCUCCAACCAACAGACAGAGAAAGAGACAAGCACGCCUAAGAAGAAGGAAAGCAAAGUCAGCAUGAGUAAAAACUCUAAGCUGCUAUCUACCAGUGCCAAGAGGAUUCAGAAGGAAUUGGCUGACAUCACCUUAGAUCCACCUCCCAACUGCAGCGCUGGCCCCAAAGGUGAUAACAUCUAUGAAUGGAGAUCAACCAUUCUAGGACCUCCAGGUUCAGUCUAUGAGGGAGGUGUUUUCUUCCUUGACAUCACAUUCACACCAGAAUAUCCCUUCAAGCCUCCAAAGGUAACGUUUCGGACAAGAAUCUACCACUGUAAUAUUAACAGCCAAGGCGUCAUCUGCCUGGACAUUUUAAAAGACAACUGGAGUCCAGCGUUAACCAUUUCGAAAGUUCUCCUCUCCAUCUGCUCCCUCCUCACAGACUGCAACCCGGCUGACCCCCUGGUUGGAAGUAUUGCCACUCAGUAUAUGACUAACAGAGCAGAGCAUGACAGAAUGGCCAGACAAUGGACCAAAAGAUAUGCUACAUAAAUUGGAUUUUCGUCAAACUCUUACAUUAUUCGUCUGUGAUGGAAAGAGCUGCUUAUGAUUUUGAAGGGGGUGGGGGGAGGGAGGGUGCUGGUAAAGAGUAGGGUAUUUCUAUAACAGAUUUUAUUCAGUCUUUUAUUUCCUAAGAUUUUGUUGUUGUAACUUAAGGUAUCUUGCUACAGUAGACAGCUAGGAUUGGGAAUAGCAUAUUUUAAGACUGUAAUUAGUUCAGCAAUAUUAGCUCACAUAUAGUACCGAGAAGAAUGUAAACUUCUUAGACUUCUUUGGUUUUCAGUUUGCUUGCAAUAUGUAAAAGAUUAAAACAGCUUAAUUUUGUACAGGUACAUAUGUUGACAUUUAUGUAAAAGUCCUUUCAAGACUCUACACACUGUUUUUGCUUUUUGUUUUGUUUUGGGUUUAGGGGUUUAUUUUGUUCUCGGGGUUUUUUUGUUUUGUUUUUUUGUUUUGGGUUGGUUUUUUUUGUAAAAAGAUGUCGGGAUUGUUUUCCCCUAUGGAGGGCACAUUGGUAUUUAACAAAUCCUUUUUAAAGACUGUCAUCUCAUGAUCUGUGAUACGGAGAGGUGGAUAUAUGGCCUCAUAUAUGAAUGAGAAGUAGUUAAUGUAUUAUUUUAUAAGCCAAUCUAUCUUUGUGAAAAGAAUAAAGGGUUUAAUCAGGACUGACGGUAACCUGUAGUGAAAUACCUUAAGCUGUUUAACUGUAAGGCGUGGAAUAGGAGUCACUCAGUGGAUUGGUUGUAUGUUGUGGGCUACUUAAGUCUGCAUUUGUUACUGUGCUAAUAAAAAGAUGUUUAAAAAAAAGAAGAAGAA